AUGCACUCCUUUCCUUUGGAAUUUCUCGGGAUUGGCCUAGAUGUUGGCUUGGUCGAGGGGCGCUCUCAUCGUUGUAAACCUGCUUCUUGGGAAGAGGCUUCCAGAGGCUUCCCAGAGGCUUUUGAAGAGGCUUCCCAGAGGCUUUUGAAGAGGCUUCCAGCGGCUUUUGAAGAGGCUUCCAUUUUGAAGAGGCUUCCAGAGGCUUUUGAGGCUUUCCCAGAGGCUUUUGAAGAGGCUUCCCAGAGGCUUUUGAUUAGGUUUCCAGAGGCUUUGGAAGAGGCUUCCAGAGGCUUCUGGAUGUUCUUCGAUUUUUUUCCAAAAUACCUCUGGCAGGCGCAAGCUCGCUGGCCGACCUGCCCACUCCUCCCAAGAGCCGGCUUCGCCUGGAAGCCACUGACGUGGCGCACGGCGCCGGUGCGGAUGGGGCGGAUCGCAAGGAACUGA